AGAAGGAAGAGCAACUCUGGCCGCCACCUUUGGUGCUUUCCGGUACAUGGUUUGCUACUGCUUCGUACUUCUGUCUGCUGUUCUCAUACUGUUUUGGGAUGGACAGAAGCCGUCAGAUGGAGGCUAUGUUCUGAUAGAUAUCGUCUUGAAUUUGAUACCUCCAAUUCUGUUUGGAAGCACUCACGCUUUUCCUGGCUUGGUUAAGAGGCCUCCCACCAGAAGCAUCGUCAGUUUCUUGCCACAGUUCUCGAUGUUUUCAUUCAUCAUCAUCCAAAUUGGUGUCUACGUCAUAGCCUAUGAAUAUUGCCUCAUGCAGCCGUGGUAUCAACCAUUUAUCUAUGACAGAGAUCACACCCACACUCCAGCGGCAUCUCACUCUGGAACAGCUAUUCUCACCGUCAAUAUGAUGUCCUAUGUCAUCGCUUCAGUCAUUUUUGCACCAGGGCCACCUUAUCGAAAAAGCUUCCUUUCCAACAAGUUAUAUGUAGGAGUUGUAACAGUAGAAUUUUUACUUGUGUCCUAUUUGACCAUUUAUCCAGCUGAAGUUCUAUCGAAAUUCAUCAACUUCAAACCAGCGCCUUUUAUUGAAUAUCAUUUAGUGUUGUACCUUUUGUCCUUGGCGAACUUCAUCGUUUCAUACAUAUGGGAGGUCUUCUUUAUUCAAGGCAUCCUUUUCGAACACGUUGUUCCAGCCUUGAGGCGAUUAAGAGGCCCUAUUCAUAAAUUCGAAAAACUUCACCGGCAAUUAAAGGCAUCAAGCAAGUGGCCACCAGUUGGUCGCUAUGAGCUUUCAAAUAUUAGAGACGCUUACGGAAAAGACGAACCGGACACAGCUAUCUCAAGGCAUUCCAGCUGGCGUCAGCACUGGGCAAGGCAGAGCAGCGAGCUCAGGCACUCUAUGAUGGUCGGGCUCAAACUGGCAAAAAACAGUGAGCCUGUCGACGAGGCACCCGAAGAAGUCAUGUCCUUUGUGACCUUCAAAGAUGGAAGACAUCGAUUCCAACCGUCCAUGAACAACGGACAAGACUUCGUAUAG